CAGAGGACUGGUGAAGUGAUGGCGGACAGGCUUCCCCGGCGAGGCUUUACUUUCCGAUCUGCCUCGCUGGGUGCCUGGCCGCCCACUGCAAGCAGGAUUCAAUGAGGAUUCUAACGACUGUGCUGUAAUAUUUAGGCUUCUAGGUUCAUUGCUAUUUCUUGUUACUGUAAACUGGGACCCCCUUGCCUUUUUAGGAUUGAGAGUUAGCUGAUUGAAAAACACGGGGUUCUGGGAAUUAGUCAUUUAUUGGCUGGAUAGUGACGAUUACUUAAGGCCCGGGUAUUAAAUCGUCGGCGCCUCUCAUUUUCUGAUUUACUGAUGUAGCUUGACCAAAAAAAAAAAAAAAAAAAAAUCCGUCUUAUUUAAGGAGGAACAUUUAACAUUCGAAUAGCCAUGGUUGACACUGUGGGAGUAUAUUGAAGGUCAGCUGCAUCAGAAAAUGAAAGAGCGGUGCUGUCCCUGAGGUCAGCCUGAGCACAAAGAGAAGGUCCCUUGAUACCCAUCUGGAAGCCACCCUAAGGACACCAGUUACAAUCUGGCAUGCGUGUCCUGUUGCCUCUUCAAUCAAGUAUUUACUGUAAACACCACCAUUGGAGAACAGGCAGAGGAGGGGUGAUCACUUGGGCCCAGAGCCAUUCCUGCCCUAUGAUCCUGACAUUUCUUCUUUUCCAAAAAGCCACAGACCAGGUCCAUGGCUAAGCCCUGGACACCGGGUGCGCCUGACCCAAGAUCCCACACUUCUCUCGCGGUCAGUUCUUGAUGGAUUUCACUCCUGGAUACUGGAGACUCCUGGGCAGGAGACAUGGCUCCGAUCAGGCCGGGGUUUGGCAACCAGGAUCUGUGUCUGCUCAAGAGAAGGAGUUUCUUGCUGUUGAAACUCACUGCUGUUGUCUUUGCCACGGUUCUAUUUUGUGAAUUUUUAAUCUAUUACUUGGUGAUCUUUCAGUGUGAUUGGCCUGAGGUGAAAACUCCGGCUCGUGAGAGUGCACAAAAGACUCUGAAAGCCAUGUUUUUGGCUGAUACCCACUUGCUUGGGGAAGUACGAGGCCAUUGGCUAGACAAAUUACGAAGGGAAUGGCAAAUGGAGAGAGCUUUCCAGACAGCUCUGUGGUUGUUGCAGCCCGAAGUUGUCUUCAUUCUCGGGGACAUCUUUGAUGAAGGGAAGUGGAGUUCCCCCCAGGCCUGGGCAGAUGAUGUGCAGCGAUUUCGGAAAAUAUUCAGACACCCACGUCAUGUGCAGCUGAAGGUGGUUGCUGGCAACCAUGACAUUGGCUUCCACUAUCAGAUGAGCACAUACAAAAUAAAACGAUUUGAGAAAGUUUUCAACCCCAAAAGGCUGUUUUCUUGGAAGGGAACGAAUUUCGUGAUGGUCAACAGCGUUGCCCUGGAAGGGGACGGCUGCCACAUCUGCUCCCAAGCAGAAGCUGAACUCCUGGAAAUUUCUCACCAACUGAAUUGCUCCCGUGAGCAGGAACGUGGCUCCGGCCCCUGCCGAGAUGUGCCGCUGCUGCCCGCGUCUGCCCCGGUGCUCCUGCAGCAUUUCCCACUUUACCGGAGGAGCGAUGCUAAUUGUUCUGGGGAGGAUGCUGCACCUCUGGAAGAGCGGGGCAUCCCCUUUAAGGAGCGGUACGACGUGCUUUCCCGGGAGGCCUCUCAGCAGCUACUUUGGUGGCUGCGGCCACGUCUCAUCCUGAGUGGCCACACGCACAGUGCCUGCGAGGUGCUCCACGGGGUGGGAAUUCCCGAGAUCAGCGUGCCAUCUUUCAGUUGGAGGAACAGAAACAACCCCAGCUUCAUCAUGGGCAGUAUGACACCCACAGAGUACGCCCUUGCCAAGUGCUACCUGCCUCACGAGGCUACCGUUCUGGCCACAUACUGUGUAGCAGCUGGGCUCCUGGCGGUCCUCCUGUUAGUCCACUCCAGACUUCUGCCCUCACCUUUUCUUUUUGGCUGGAACCUGCUCAGAAAAUUUAAGACAACGUAAAGAGCAGGAGACUUGUGUAUUUCGUCAUAAGUAACAAAGCCAAAGAAACUGGACCUUGGGCAGGGCUCACGGGAGAUGAGGUCAAAGGAGGCGGUCUUUAUACACAUCACGGAAACUGUAAAUCACUGAUGCAAAUUCCUGCAGAAUAAAUAGUUGAUGGUACUGUUCUCAUGCUAUAAAAAUGGAACGUGUACUCUA